GCUACGGUCCGACGGGCUGACUGCGGCCAGCGGCAGGCUCCUUGCCUUUGUUAGCUAGCUUGGAAAGCCCCAAGAAAAGACAGAGCCGCAUCCAUGCAAUAGCACACUUUUUUGGAAAAUGAUCAUCUGUACGAAUAAAAUGGAGUACCCCCUGAGAACCCAGUGCCAGCGAGUCCAGAAACAGGUGAAGGUGAAUGGUGAGAAGGAGCGAGUGUCACUGCUGUUCAUGAAGGCUCUGGUCAGCAGGGGGAGCGUGGACGCCAUAUCCCAGCAGAUGGCCUCUCACCCUCAGUACUUGGAGAGCUUCCUGCGCACACAGCACUACAUCCUGCACAUGGACGGCCCCCUGCCGCUGCCAUACCGCCAUUACAUCGCCAUCAUGGCUGCAGCUCGACAUCACUGCAACUACCUGGUGUACCUGCACUCAGCUCAGUUUCUGAGGGUAGGCGGGGACCCUCUGUGGUUGCAGGGUUUGGAGGCGGCGCCCCCUCGCCUUCGCCUCCUUGACCACAUCAACAAGGUGCUGGCCCACCAACCCUGGCUCACUGCCUGCUCCCACAUCCAGACACUGCUUAAGUCAGGGGAGCAGUGCUGGUCACUGGCUGAGCUGGUGCAGGCUGUGGUGAUCCUGGCCCACUGCCACGCCCUCUGCAGCUUUGUGUUUGGAUGCGACACAGACUCAGACUUUGUCCCUCUCUCCAAAUCUCCUAACGGUACCCCUCCGACCUUCUGCCCCUUUGAUGCUGCCAACGGCAACACCAAUGUGCCUCAGUCGCUCGCCACUCCCUCCGAACACAUAACACGACGACGGUCUCUGGACUCCAGUUGUGACAUGGUUUGUCUGAAAGAGAGGAUUCAGAGGUCCCAGGACGAGCGAGAGAAGAGAGAAGAGCGUCUUCUGCAGACCCAGACACUCCAACAAGCAGAUAUGGAAGAAGAGGAGGAGAUGAUAUGCUUCGCAGACCCGUCGCGUUUUAUCACAGACCCUGACUUUUGCUAUGAAGAGUUUGCUCGUAGGGAGGAGGACCACUUCCAAGUAUUUAGAGUUCAGGACUAUUCGUGGGAGGACCACGGCUUCUCCUUAGUCAACAGAUUGUAUUCGGACAUUGGUCACCUCUUGGACGACCGAUUCAGGAGUGUGACCACCCUCCCGUCCUUGCACAGCCCCGAUCUGAAGAGGGCAAUCUGGAAUUACAUCCAUUGUGUGUUAGGAAUACGCUAUGAUGAUUAUGAUUACGGUGAAGUGAACCAGUUGCUGGAGCGGGAUUUGAAGCUGUACAUCAAGGCUCUGGCCUGUUUUCCAGAUGCCACUAAAACUCCAGUGUGUCCACUGAGUUGGGCUCUACUUAAAACUUCAGAAAGGAUACAUGUGAAUUUACUAAUCAUGGAGGCGCGGCUGCAGGCGGAGCUGCUAUAUGCUCUGAGAGCCAUCACUCAGUACAUGAUUGCCUAAGUGCUUGGAAAGGCACAAAGUCGAAGCUCUUCGCCGGUACAGAGAGACCCAGAGACACGAGGAUAAAGAAGCAGUGAAGUGGGACGAGAGCGGCACUUUUAAGGACACAGAGCUCCAUUGUUUUGUAGCUGUGCCUCAUGAAUGUGCUUCUCUUUUUUCAGAGUUAAUGUAUUUAUACCAUAGUGUGCCACAGCCCCCUCCUCACGCCCUUCUGCAGAUUUCUCUUGUUGUGAAGUCCUCUUAUCAAACAUCUCGGCUCUCAAAGGUUAUGUGCAAUUAUUACUAGCGUUGUUUUAAUUUUUACCUGUUGUUACGUGUUCCAGCUCAGUCUGUGAGAAACUGCUUGGUUGUAGCAGAAUGUUACAGUGGCCAAUACUCUCCUUUUUAGUUUGACCAGUCUCCUUUUGUAUCAACUAUGCUUUCCCAAAAGAUAUCUUUUUUGUAUAAGUUCAAUGAAUGUUAAUGGGAGACCUGGGCCUUUGUUGUUGUUGUUGUUUUUUUUUGACAAUCCUAGUCAGUGUUGGAGGAGGACAUCAAGUGGACUGUGAAGGACGGCCGUUUUGCUCUCCCUAACAUUUCGUAUUAAUGCUGGUCAAGAACAAAGACAACAGUGGCACUGCUGGAAGUUAUCACAUCACUAUAGUUUCUUUUAAUAAGCACUUUUUAAAACUUUAUAUAUUUAUAUUGCAAGGUAGCUCGUUAGUAGACAUUGAGACACACAGUGUGUGGGUCUGACGCCUUUCUUGUCACUGUAUGAUGUGUAACAAACAUUUUUAGACUGUUUGUCCUCAAACCUUCAGACU